AUGCCUUCAUCGAGCUCAGGCGGAGGAGGAGGACGGGAUUCCCGCCGCAGCUCGAAGUCUGGUGCUUCGGGCAACGAUGCGUACCGUACUUCCGAGCGCAAGGAGAAGGCGAAGAGUAGUGCGAGUUAUACGGCAGCUGCAUAUGGUGCGUCGAGGAGGGGCAGCGUGCAGCCCACCAUGGGUACUGUGCCUGAGCGGCCGAGGAUGAAGUCGAGGAACAAUUCGGCGCCUUUGAUUGCUACGCGGGAGCAGCAGCAAGGGAGCGGGCAAGGUCAGCAGCGAGGGCAGGAGGCUGACGGUGAGGAGGACGAGGAGGAUGCUGCUCAAAUGCGGGCGGGAGCGAUGGUGGAUGGACAGGACGAGGACGAAGUUGCUGGUGUUGUUGGUGCUGCGAGACAGUACCAGCCCUUUCAAAGUCCUGAGGUCUCGGAACCUCUCCCAGAAAUCAACAUCGCUGUCAUCGGAGCCGAGGAAGUGGGCAAAUCGACUUUCAUCCAGAGAGCAUUAGGUUUACCGCAUCUUCCUCCUUCGCAGGCGGCUGUGAAGAAGUUUCCUGUGGACGGCAGUGUCUACCUGGUGCGGUUACUCGAAUUACCUAUCAACGACGUGGAUGUUGACGAUGAGACGGUGACUUGGCCGGACGCGAUUGAGGAUUUGCCGAUGCCGAAAGUUGAUGGUGCGAUUACGCUUUACGAUAUCUCAGAUAAGGAGACUCUCAAGGACGUACCUGGUGUACUGAAUGCCAUAAGGCGAGCUUCACUACCAUCCGUACUGAUAUCAGCAAAGUGCGAUACUCCGCCAAGUGAGCGAGAAGUGGAUCCCAUGUCGAUCGAACGCAAUGCACUGCGCUCGUUCGGUGGGAUCAGUGUUCUGCAGACAUCUGAGAACAGUCUCGAGAGUCACAAGAGUGCCAUGGCUACGAUCCUCAAAUCGAUCAUUCUUGGCAUGCCAGGCGACACAAACCGAACGAGCCUCGCAACGAGGCGACGAGCACAAUCCAACGCCAGUAGACCAGUAUCACCUAGGCCGCCGGCCGGCACGGGACAUGCUCGGGCAAGCUCAGAAUUCUCUCUAUUAAUGCAGAAAGAUCCCAGUCAUGCUCGACACGACUCUAGUCUGGCAGGCUAUGGGUCCUCAACCCAACUCAAGGUGCCAAAGGAAGCCUCUCAUGAAGACAUGCAUCGAUCCUUCUACCACGAAGAGUCGGCCAGUGAGGACGGCUCGACGGAAUCUGCGUACUCUCAAGAAGCGGCAGAGUCUGUGCAGAGAAGUCAGACAUUCGCAGGAGCUGCAGCAACUACACCCACUACCGCCAGUCCUCCAGAAAGUGGCGCUGGUUUCGAGGAGCUGGUGGAUAGGUUGCUUGCGCCGCCAAUGCAGCCCAUGACGUCGAAACAGGAUACGAAGUUUGUAGCUGUCUUUCUGGCACUAUACCGGAAGUUCGCAGCGCCUGGCCGGUUACUGGAGGCGAUAGCAGAGCGCUUCGAUGCUCUCGAGCAGAAUGGAAGCGCUAUGAUGACCGUGACUCGCAUGCAGCUCCAAUACCUAGAAGUGAUGGACAAAUGGGUUGGCCAAUACCCAGGCGACUUUGCACAUCCUCGGACGAAGCGACGGAUGCAGACAUUCAUCACCAAAAUCUCUCAGACGCGGAUUCAUGGUGCUGCGGCAAAGGAGAUGGUGAAUCAUCUUGAAUCUGCCACAGAAGACGAUGACACGAACUGGACUUUCCCGGAUAAGGAUCGCGAAGUUGGUGAUAGGUCGUCGAAGGGUUCGAGGUCGAGUACCCUGAUCGACGAUCCUUCGGCGCUGUUUGAUGAGCAUUGGAGUGGGACUACACUUGGAGAGAUUAGUAUUACCUCUGCCAGCGACGGGACUGUACGUUCGAGCUCUGGGUCUUCGAUCAGCUCGUCGCAGAUCAUGGCCAAUGCUGAGGCGGCGCAGAAGGCUGCCGCCCUGUUACGACCUACUGGCAAGCGACCAAUUACGAAAGAUGAAUGGAGGAUGCUAAUGAAUGAGCCUGAUGCCUUGAUUGCGCGAGAGCUGACGCGAAUGGACUGGAUCAUGUUUUCGUCCAUCCGACCACGGGAUCUGGUCCGCAACGUUGCCUCGACCAGCGAGAGAGCAAAGUACAAAAACCUUCUCAACGUCGCCCGUAUGAGCGAACAUUUCAAUCGCGUCGCAGUCUGGGUCUCGAACUAUGUGCUUUUUCGCGAUAAGCCGAAGCAUAGAGCCCUGAUGCUGGAAAAAUUCAUGAGAAUUGCACGGAAAUUGAGAGAGCUGAACAAUUACAAUUCCCUCGGCGCCAUCAUCGCAGGGAUGAAAUCUUCCUCCGUUGGUCGUCUGGGGUUGACACGGGACCUCAUACCCACGGACGCAGGAAAGGAUUGGUUGAAAUUGGAGAUUUUGAUGGGUUCGUCGCGGUCGUAUGCGGCGUAUCGGAUGGCAUGGGAGAAUACUAACGGGGAGCGGAUUCCAUAUCUGCCCCUCCAUCUCCGAGAUUUGGCGAGUGCCGAGAUGGGCAAUGCUACUUUAAUUGGACCGGAGCGGGAUGGCAGAGUGAAUUGGAGGAAGUUCGAGGUUAUGGGUGAUGUGGUUGUUGGGAUUCAGAGGGCGCAGGGGACGCCGUACAAAGGUCUGGGAGGCGGGAAGGGGGAGGUAGGGGUUAGGGAGUUGGUGCUUGAUGUGAGGCUUGAGGAGGAGGAUGCUUUAUACGAGCGUAGUCUGCGAGUCGAACCUGCGCAGGGCGCAGGUGGGGCUUCUGAGAAGCUGAGGCAGCUUUUCAAGCGAUGA